UCUCGCCCGUGCAUUAUACUGCGGGAAUCCCCACCCAGUCUUCCUUUCUCAACAUGGCACCGAAGGCGAAGAAGGAAGCGGUCCCUGCCAAGACUGAGGCCAAGUCUAAGGCUCUGAAGGCCAAAAAGGCUGUACUCAAAGGCGUACACAGCCAGAGGAAGAAGAAAAUCAGGACUUCUCCCACCUUCCGUCGCCCCAAAACCCUCCGUCUUCGUAGGCAGCCCAAGUAUCCUCGCAAGAGUGCACCACGCAGGAACAAGCUGGAUCACUAUGCCAUCAUCAAGUUCCCCUUGACGACAGAGUCUGCAAUGAAGAAAAUUGAAGACAAUAACACACUGGUGUUCAUCGUUGAUGUCAAAGCCAACAAACAUCAGAUCAAGCAUGCCGUCAAGAAGCUGUACGACAUUGACGUCGCCAAAGUCAACACACUCAUCAGGCCCGAUGGUGAGAAGAAAGCAUACGUUCGCCUGGCACCAGAUUACGAUGCUUUGGAUGUUGCAAACAAGAUUGGCAUCAUCUAAACGGUGGCUAAAGAGACUUGUGGAGUAAUAAAUUUAUAUAAACUAAA